GCGGAUCAGGGUGGCGUGUGGCGCUGCAGCACCGGCUGGAAGGAGGGAGGAUCCUUAAGAGUUCAGUGGCUGCGAGGCAUCACAGAGGAGGAAUGAUUGUGAACAGCCUCUCCCUGUGCUACCACAAUAAGCUCAUUUUAGCCCCGAUGGUUCGGGUGGGGACUCUGCCAAUGCGCCUCCUAGCCCUGGAUUAUGGAGCGGACAUUGUUUACUGUGAGGAGCUGAUUGACCUUAAGAUGCUCCAGUGCAAGCGAGUUGUAAACGAGGUGCUCAGCACAGUGGACUUUGUUGCUCCGGAUGACCGAGUAGUCUUCCGUACGUGUGAAAGAGAACAGAGCAGGGUGGUCUUCCAGAUGGGGACUUCAGACGCAGAGCGAGCCCUUGCUGUGGCCAGGCUUGUAGAAAAUGAUGUAGCUGGUAUUGAUGUCAACAUGGGCUGUCCAAAAGAGUAUUCCACUAAGAUCCUCAGCACUCUUGUUAAAGGGACACACAGACCUGUGACCUGUAAAAUCCGAAUCCUGCCCUCGCUGGAAGAUACCCUGAACCUGGUGAAGCGGAUAGAGAGGACUGGCAUUUCAGCCAUUGCAGUUCAUGGGAGGAAUCGUGACGAGCGACCUCAGCACCCUGUCAGCUGUGAAGUUAUAAGAGCCAUUGCUGAAACCCUCUCCAUUCCUGUCAUAGCCAAUGCCGCAGCCCAGCUCUUGGUUCUGGGUGUCCUGUUCUCCUCUCAGGCGGUGCAGUAUGAUAACCACUACACCAACACCAAGUACUGCUUGUGCCAAAUGCUGCGGGAACAGUUGGAGUCGCCCCAGGGAAGACUGCUUCAUGCUGCCCAGUCUUCCCAGGAAAUUUGUGAGGCCUUUGGCCUUGGUGCCUUCUAUGAGGAGACCAUUCGGGAGCUCGAUGCUCGGCGAGCUGACCUCCUGGCCAAGACUCCAGAGGCUGUUGAGGAGCCAGCUGAAGAUACCUCUGGCAUCAUUAAAAUGGCUAUCAGGUUUGACCGGAGAGCAUAUCCACCCCAGAUCACUCCCAAGAUGUGCCUGCUGGAAUGGUGUCGGAGAGAGAAGCUGCCACAACCUGUGUAUGAAACAGUUCAGCGACCUAUAGAUCGCAUGUUUUGCUCUGUUGUCACUGUUGCGGAACAAAAGUACCAGUCCACCUUGUGGGACAAGUCCAAGAAACUGGCGGAGCAGACUGCAGCAAUUGUGUGUCUUAGGAGCCAGGGCCUCCCUGAGGGUCGGCUGGGUGAGGAGAGCCCCUCCUUGAACAAGCGCAAGCGAGAGGCCCCUGACCAAGACCCUGGGGGCCCAAGAGUUCAGGAGCCAGCACUACCUGGGGAGAUAUGCAAGAAGCCAUUUGUAACCUUGGACAGUAGUGAGGAGAAUCUUCUGGAAGGCUGCUGACUCCUGCUCUGGCUGACAGUGUGUGGGACUGAUGUGAAGGGGUGACGGGUGCCAGGACCUAAACCAGGUGCCCUUGGAUAGUUUGCUGGCCCUUGACAUGCAAACCUAGAGGCCUUGGCCCAGGUCAUCAGUCUGAAACAAGUGCCAAGAAAUGCCCAAGGGUAAUACUGUCUCUCAUAUGUCUGAUGGCCAAGCCAAGUUCCCAAUGAGGUUUUUAGGCCUCACUUCCAACUUGACAUUGGUAUCGUGCAAUAAAGACUCUCACCCAAGGCCACCUGCUUCAACCUUA